AUGGCUGGAGAAAUUGUGUAUGCUGAUCUAAACAUUCUUGGAGUCAGUUCUUCUUUGAGGCCACCAAAACGAUCUCAACACCUCAGUUCCCCUCCAUGUCCCCGGUGGCAUCGCGUCGCUGUAGGGGUCGGAUGGGCUGGGAACAUCAUCCUGACAAUAGCUGUGAUAGCACUGGGAGUUUGGGUUUCCCAGUCGCAUGUCUCUUGUGAAGGCCAGACCAGAGGAGCUCUGAAUACAUCAGAGAAUAACAAUACCAGAUUCGUCAGUAGCACUGAAUGCAGCUCCGGCCUGGAAGAUUUCCGGUCUCGCUUGAAAGCAAUACUGUGUGAACCGCGCCAUGGCAGCUUGGCAGAGGGCUCCGGGUGCAAACUCUGCCCCAGAGACUGGCGGCUGCAUGGGGACAAGUGCUACUGGGUGUCUAAGGACCGUAAAAACUGGACUCGGAGCCGUGACGACUGCUCGGGGAAGAGCGCUCAAAUGCUCGUGAUCCAGAACCAGAAGGAGAUGAAUUCCAUACAGGAUGUUGUACAAAAUACAAGCUACAUCUGGAUUGGCCUUAACAUGACAUCCCCAGGGGGGAAAUGGACCUGGGUGGAUGGUUCCCCAUUAGAUACAACAUGCUUCCCAGUCCCAGGCUCUACUGACGGGAAGAGCUGUGGUCGGAUAAAAGGCAGCAAGAUUCACUCUGAGAAGUGUGGUACUGAGCAAAAAUGGAUCUGCCAGAAAGAAGCUGCUGUGAUAUAA